CAGACCACAAUGACCUAAAUGGAUUCAAGCUAGACAAGGUACCGGACCGUCGUCUCGCCAAUCAUGAACCUUCCUUCUCACCCAUCCCAUCAACCAGUCCAACCAGUUCAACUUCACCAACUUGCAUAUUCCAAUCCCCUUGAGAACACUCAACAAGAAGCCAACUCACCGUCGCAGCCACAGCUACAGCCACAGCUGCAACCACAAACGCAAUCAUCACAACCACCACAAUCACAAAACUCGCAAUCGCAUUCACGACAACCGUCCCAACAACCGUCCCAACAACACCAAGCUUGCUUAACCAACGGUUCCGGCGCUAUUAUGCAGGGCAACGGAUCAGGACCAGGUGCCGGCACUAUGCCAGUCGGACCUACCCCCGCCGGCCACCAGGCUGAGUUAAACAUCAUUUACGGCAUGGUCGAGGAGCUGUCGCGACAGCUAGCUGAAAACAGACGCGUAACGGAAGAUAUUGUCUCUGGGCUUGGACGAGUGCGUAAUCGGGCACGAGAGCGUGGUUUAACCAACGACCAGGUUCUUGGAGAAGCUGCGGAUGAAAUAUUUGCACAAGAACCAAAUCUCGAGGCCCUCGUAUCUAUCCUAACAGAGUCCCUGGACCGUGCCAAGCUUUCUCGCGAUGCCAACUUUUCUCUUCUCACCAACUACGCUCGAGUUCUUUCCACGAUCCUCUCUCAGUUCCACUCUUAUAAGCAGAAACAUAUCGCCGACGUUUCCGCUUGGCACCGUUCUUACAGAGCACAACUUGCCGAGGCCCGCGCAGAGAAUUCGCGACUGCGUGAACAGAUCUGGGAGAUGCAGGAACACGCUGGCCACGCCAAUCAGAUGUUGCGAGAAUUCCGCAAGAAGUACGACGAGAAUGAGGAACGAUGGGAAAAGCGUGUCGAAGAUAAGGCAAAGCGACAAGAGAUUCGUUUCUGGAAGCGCAUGGCUAUGCCCGAGGUUGCCGAGACCGAGGACGGGUACUGGAGCGACGACGACGAUCUCGUAGACCCCGUCGAAAAGGAGCGGCUAAAGGAGGUCGAGCGCAAAGUCGCCGAACAGGCCCUCGCAGGUGUUGGAAGCACAAGCAGCCAGAGCGAGGAUUCCGAGGGAGAGGGAAGCGAGCCUCACGCUCUAUCGGCGAGCAUGAUCGGCGGAGUAGCUAUGGACAGAGAUGGAGGUGUGGCCGGAAUUAUGCCAGUGCCGCCGCCGAGACCAUCUAGUACGGGAAGCACAGGAAGUACAGGAAGUACAGGAAGCACAGGAGCGCAAACAGGUUAAGGAGGAC